CCUUCCAACCCGCCCCGCCCCUCCCGCCGGCGCCCGCCGCUCCCGGGGCUCGGCGCGGGCCUGGGGAAUCGGGAGCCCGCUGCCGGGGUCGCAGUAUGGGGCGCUUUCGCGGGGGUCUGCGGUGCAUCAAGUAUCUGCUGCUCGGCUUCAACCUGCUGUUCUGGCUGGCCGGAUCGGCGGUCAUUGCAUUUGGACUAUGGUUCCGGUUCGGAGGAGCCAUAAAGGAACUGUCGUCGGAGGACACAUCCCCCGAGUAUUUCUAUGUAGGGCUCUACGUGUUGGUUGGAGCUGGGGCCCUGAUGAUGGCUGUGGGGUUCUUCGGGUGCUGUGGAGCCAUGCGUGAGUCACAGUGUGUGCUUGGAUCAUUUUUCACCUGUCUGCUGGUGAUAUUUGCUGCCGAAGUAACCACUGGAGUGUUUGCUUUUAUAGGCAAAGACGUAGCUGUACGACACGUGCAGACUAUGUAUGAGGAGGCGUACAGCGAUUACCUUAAAGGCCGGGGAAGGGGCAAUGGCACCCUCAUCACCUUCCACUCGGCAUUUCAGUGCUGCGGGAAAGAAAGCUCUGAACAAGUCCAGCCCACCUGUCCAAAGGAGCUUCCAGGCCACAAGAAUUGCAUCGACAAAAUUGAAACCGUAAUCAGUGUUAAGCUGCAGCUCAUUGGAAUUGUUGGGAUUGGGAUUGCGGGUCUCACGAUCUUUGGCAUGAUAUUCAGCAUGGUGCUUUGCUGCGCAAUACGAAACUCACGAGAUGUGAUUUGAAGAUACUUCGUCAUGAAAAUGGCAGUCUAGAGUGUUCAUGCUAAAUGUCACAAGAGCUAUCUCAGCUCACUUUUAAUAUUCAGGAUUUUAGAAGCUAAAAUAAUUUGCUUUUAACUGUACAUUUGCACAUGUAUGUAUGUCUGACUCAUUACUGACUUGCCCCUUGAGUGAAUGUCACAUGUGGUCUGUGUGUUUCUGGUAUAUGCAUUGCAGUACUGAUAUUUGUUUCCUGGGAAUCCCUAAUUCGUGUGUGCAGACGGAAAACCUAUUGAAGUACCAGGAAAAAAGCGAUCAAGUUUUGAAAGACUUGUAAAACCUGGCUGUUCAGGGAAUGUGACAAUGGCCUAUUUCUCAGAUUUUAGCCAUUUAAGUUAGAUCCAUAAAGAGAAUGCAGGAUUUCUAGUUAAUGGAAGCAAUAAGCUAUUAGAAUUGAGGGGUCAAGAUUAACUACUGUGUCUGAGUUGAGUGUAAAGGUUUCUUGGCGUAUAUAUAUUCUCCCCAGAAUACAGUAAACCCACAGUUUUAGAACUAAACACAUCUGUAAAAGUAAAUAUAGCAUGGAAAAUCUAAUUUGAAAACACCGUACUUUCUUAGUAUUUAAAAGCAGAAAACCUCUCUCUGAAAAGGGAAGUUACAUAGACAAGCACGUGCCCCGUAAAAGUGAGUGCUUUUAGGACUAAAAAUAGCAACUUUUAAGGGGGAAAAUGUUGCUAGACAAAGGCAUGUAGAUGUUGCUUUAACCCUCUCUUUCCUGCCUCUGCUUUGAGCUGCUGGAAGCCUUGCCUUUCCAGAAGGGCUUCCAUCUCCUGCUCCUCCUGCUUCUCCAGUUGCAGUGGCAGCAGACAGCAAGAGCGCUGCAGUGUGAGGUUGGGUGAACCCCACAGUGGCAGACAGCAAGAGUGCUGCUGUGUGAGGUUGUGUGAACCCCACAGUGGCAGACAGUAAGAGCGCUGCAGUGUGGGGCGGGCGAACCCCACUGGCACUGCUCCUUUGGAAUACCUCAUAACUUGAGUUUACAUAUCUUCCUAAUUUUUUGCAUUUUUCUAAUUAAUCCAUGUAGAGAGUUCUUUAUAGCUUUAGAAUACAGUUUUCAUCCUUUAAAAUAAAUAAAUCCCCCAUAACACAAGAUAUUAUAUUAUGAGGACCAUGGUCAAACCAAGAUAAACACCUUCUCCAAGAUGUGUACACAUAACAAAGGCAAGCUGGCGACUUUUUUUUUGUUUUGUUUUUUGUUUUUCGAGACAGGGUUUCUCUGUGGUUUUGGAGCCUGUCCUGGAACUAGCUCUGUAGACCAGGCUGGUCUCGAACUCACAGAGAUCCACCUGCCUCUGCCUCCCAAGUGCUGGGAUUAAAGGCAUGCGCCACCACCGCCCGGCCUCAAAGAUACUUUUCUACAUACAGCUCCAGCACAUGUAUGUUCUUUCUCAGCAAAUCCCUGUGGAAAGCAAUGCUCAGGUUCUUUGGGGGGCUGAGUGGUUGAUCUGAAGUGGGAAAACCCAGCCAGGGCUUAGCCUUUUGACUGCAAGAGGGAAACCCCAGAGCAGGGAUCUAAACCAGCAAGCUUGUCGUGAUUUAACAUGUAGCUUGUUAAAGUACAUAAAUUACAGAUUUUAACAUUGUAUUUGACCACACAAAAGUGAGGGUGGGAGGGAUUUUGGAAACCCUAAGAGGAGCUUCUGUGCCCACUAAGAACACACAAGACUUUGGGUGUGUGUUAAAGUGCUGAGAAACUUCCAAGAGCGCCACUUGCUGUCUUCUUUCAGCCGUUCUUGCUACUGCUACUAGCUUUAGAGAAAAGAGUGUGAGGGGGUUGACAGUUUAACUGUGUGACUACCUAAGCAAAUUAUUAGUUUUUUUUAAUUACUUAAAGUUUUUAAACCCCAAUCGUUGACAAACGCAACCUUUGAAGCAAAGAGGCCCAUCUUAUAGCUUCAGUUUCUAUGUCCACCUGAGGACAGAAAGCAGGCUGAAGUGUGUCCUCAGGUUACGCCAGCUCAGAAUUAUUUUCCGUUCAGAACUGAGUUUCAUUCUCUCUCUGAAUGAACAACUUUAAGGAAAACCGCAGGAACUGUAAGUGGAAGAAUAGAAAUAAUUUUUUACCAUGGAGGAAUAAGUCUAGAAACCUGUGCCGUGUGUGAUUAGUGUACCUCCUGUGGCUUAAGCUUUCCAAAGAAUGUGUAAGAUUAGAGAAUUCCAUCUCCGAGGAAAGAUGGAUAUAUAUCUUUAUGUGAAUAGAUAAAGCUAUAUCUAUAGAGAUAUAUAAUCCCUAUGUCUUGACCUAUACAUAUCUUAAAUACAUAUCUCUUGAGGAUUUAUACAUAUGUAAUUUUAAUACAUGUGUGCCUGUAUGAAAUUAUGGAGAUAAAUGUUUGUAUGCAUACACAUGCCCAUGUGUAUACAUUUUCAGUUGUUUCUGUAUACCUGAACUAAUUUGAGAUCAAACCCAAACAUUUUAAGUUAUUUCAAAUUAAAUUUUCUAUGUACUUA